AUGACAGACCUGGAGGCUCUGAAACUCAUUCUUGAUCACGAUAGUGAAGUAGAGGAGAAUAUAUCUGAAGAUGAAGAUCACGUUGAUGUCAAUUCUGAAUCUGAUGAUUCUGAUUCUGAACCGUGCAAGGAAACUACUAUGAACAUUUCUCAACGCAAGACAUUCACAUCCAAAAAUGGUGAAAUUCAGUGGUUCUCAUCUCCAAAUCCACACCAGCAAAAGCGGUCGGUAGAAAACAUAAUAAAGACAACCCCAGGGCCCACUAGGAUGGCAGUGAGUCGUGUCACUGAUAUCAAGUCAGCUUUUGAGCUGGUCAUGCCCAACUCAGUCCAAAAAAUCAUUCUGGAAAUGACUAAUUUAGAAGGGAGACAUGUCUUGGGGGAAAGGUGGAAGGACCUGGAUUAUAUUCAUUUGCAUGCCUAUUUGGGGGUCCUCAUUCUGGCUGGGGUCUAUAAAUCAAAGGAUGAAUCAACAGCCAGUCUGUGGGAUGCAGAGACAGGCAGGGCUUUAUUUCGUGCCACAAUGUCUCUGGAGACUUUUCACAUCUUCUCCAGAGCUGUCCGAUUCGAUAAUCAUGAGACAAGAGCAGUCCGACGGGAGACGGACAAGUUAGCUGCCAUUAGAACUGUCUGGGACAAAUGGGUAGAGCAGCUUCCACUGCUCUACAACCCAGGUCCUUAUGUCACAGUUGAUGAAAGGCUAGUGGCAUUCAGAGGUCGGUGCCCAUUCAGGCAAUAUAUGCCUUCCAAGCCAGCUAAAUAUGGCAUAAAAAUCUGGGCAGCAUGUGAUGCCAGGACCAGCUAUGCCCUGAACAUGCAGGUUUAUACUGGAAAACCAGUUGGAGGAGCACCAGAGAAGAAUCAGGGGGCAAGAGUUGUACCUGACAUGGCACAGGGCCUAAGGGGGCACAACAUUACUUGUGACAACUUUUUCACAAGCUACGCCCUGGGUCAGGAACUUCUCAAGAGAAAGAUCACAAUGGUCGGAACGGUCCGCAAAAACAGGACUGAACUCCCACCAGAACUGCUUGUGACAAAGGACAGAGCCCCUCAGUCCUCUGCAUUCGCCUUCACAGACACCACUACUGUGGUGUCAUACUGUCCUAAAAAAGGGAAGAAUGUUGUGCUCAUGAGCACUUUGCACAGGGAUGCGGAAAUCAGUUCAGGAGAAGACCGAAAACCCACCAUCAUCUGUGACUACAAUGCCACCAAAGGGGGUGUGGAUAAUUUGGAUAAGGCGACAGAUGCCUACAGUACCAAGCGGAUGACUGCACGCUGGCCUCUUGUCAUCUUCUACAAUAUAAUUGAUGUAUCGGCAUACAAUGCCUUUGUGAUCUGGUCAGAGAUCUGUCAAGAGUGGAAUGCUGGAAAGCUUUUCAAGAGACGCAUGUUCCUCGAAGAGCUGGGAAAGGCCCUUGUGGUUCCACAUAUUGAACGAAGAAAAUCCAUGCCAAGGACACCAACUGCUGCAGUCACCGUUCGGGAGAUCCAGGACAGCGCAUCAACCAGCACACCAGUGCGCGAGAUGGAAAGCAAUACAAGUGGAAGAAAGCAAACCGAGAAGGGGACCAUGGACACCAGUCCAGGUGGGAAAAUCUUUUAA